ACAGACGAGAUACAGAGACAUUAGCGAGUCGAUGCGGAGCUGUUACAUUGCAACGAAUCUCUCCUGUUCUCUGUGCGCUAAGACUUCCAGUCGCAGCCGGGGCGCAUGUCUUGACCGGUUUAGCAUAUACACCACGAACCAGCUACGUUUCUGAAGGAGAGAACGAAUUUACAUCUACGACAUCGUGCCAAGGAGUCCGAACAGAUACCGCGAUGGUGGUCAGCACCUCACAGGCGACGACAUCACGCCGGUUUGUUUACUAUGUGCUGAGACCAAGAUCAACUCCGUGUGCAUUUGACACGCCACGGGAGGAUUCAUUCAUUGCCAGUCCAAGCAAGCACUGACGUCUCCUUACGAGCAUGAUGCCGGCUUUUCAAAGCUGUCCGGUCUCCUUCCAAAGUCCUCCUGCCAUCUUCAGAUCCCCCCAACAGCUGAGCUCUCUCGAGCAGACGAUUUGAUGCGCCGCUUUGCCUACUGCAAGGUGGUCUUGACCACUUCUUUGGUCUGGGUGCUGGUGGACGUCUUCUUGUUGCUCUAUUUCAGCGAAUGUAACAAAUGUGACGACAGGAAGGACCGCUCGCUGCUUCCCGCCCUCCGCGCCGCCAUCUCCCGUAGCCACGAGGGCCCCGGCGAGAUGGGCAAGUCUGUGAACAUCCCCAAAGAGGAGCACGAGAAGAUGAAGGAACUCUUUAAGAUCAACCAGUUCAACCUGAUGGCCAGCGAUAUGAUUGCACUCAACAGGAGCUUGCCGGAUGUGCGCUUGGAUGGCUGCAAGACCAAGGUGUACCCGGACCACCUGCCCAACACCAGCAUCGUCAUCGUAUUCCACAACGAGGCAUGGAGCACGUUGCUGCGGACGGUCCGCAGCGUCAUCAAUCGCUCUCCCAGACACUUAGUUGUGGAAAUUGUGCUGGUGGACGACUUCAGUGAGCGAGACUUCUUAGGGAAAAAGUUGGAGGACUACGCUCGGACCCUUGAAGUGCCGGUGAAGAUCCUGAGGAUGGAGGAGCGUUCGGGUCUCAUCCGAGCCAGAUUGAGAGGGGCGGCUGCCACCAAAGGGCAGGUCAUCACCUUCCUGGAUGCCCACUGUGAGUGCACGGUGGGAUGGCUGGAACCCUUGCUGGCCCGCAUCAAAGAGGACAGGACAGCCGUGGUGUGCCCCAUCAUUGACGUCAUCAGCGACGAGACCUUCGAAUACAUGGCGGGCUCGGACAUGACCUACGGCGGGUUCAACUGGAAGCUGAAUUUCCGCUGGUACCCGGUUCCCCAGCGGGAGAUGGAUCGACGCAAGGGCGACAGAACGCUUCCCGUCAGGACGCCCACCAUGGCGGGAGGUCUCUUCUCCAUCGACAAAACAUACUUUGAAGAAAUAGGAAGCUACGAUCCAGGGAUGGACAUCUGGGGUGGAGAGAACCUGGAGAUGUCUUUCAGGAUCUGGCAGUGUGGCGGUUCCUUGGAGAUUGUCACGUGUUCCCACGUCGGCCAUGUUUUCCGGAAGGCUACUCCUUACAGUUUCCCCGGAGGAACGGGCCAAGUCAUCAACAAGAACAACAGGCGGCUGGCAGAAGUCUGGAUGGAUGAUUUCAAAGAUUUCUUCUACAUCAUAUCACCAGGGGUGAUGCGCGUGAACUACGGCGACGUCUCUUCCCGCAAAUCUCUCCGCGGAGCCUUGAAGUGCAGACCCUUUUCCUGGUAUCUGGAGAACAUCUACCCGGAUUCCCAGAUCCCGAGAAGAUAUUACUCGCUUGGAGAAAUCAGGAAUGUUGAGACCAACCAGUGCGUCGACAACAUGGGAAGAAAGGAGAACGAGAAAGUUGGCUUCUUCAACUGCCACGGCAUGGGCGGGAACCAGGUGUUCUCAUACACGGCGGACAAAGAAAUCCGGACGGACGACCUCUGCUUGGACGUGUCCCGCCUCAACGGGCCUGUCGUCAUGCUCAAGUGUCACCACAUGAAGGGCAAUCAAAUGUUUCAGUAUGAUGCCGAGAGACUCACCCUGCUGCAUGUGAACAGCAACCAGUGUUUGGACAUGCCCUUGGAGGAGGACAAGAUGGUCCCCACUCUGAGGGACUGCAACGGAAGCCGCUCUCAGCAGUGGCUGCUCCGCAACAUGACCCUGAAUCUCUGAUUCCUCCGCCGCUCGGCCGUCUCACACCAAGUGCAGGUCCGCGCCUUCAUCGUGCGGCUCCAGCCUUUACGCCGCUUUGCUAAUCGCCUCCAUCAUCAUCAUCAUCAUCAUCAUCAUCAUUUCUCGAGAAACCCGCCCCGUAGCACCGGGUCAUCUUGAACUCUGGAGGACUUUCCUUUUCCAGCUCACUUCAGGUUCAAGAGCUGCUGCCCUUGGUGGCGACAUAACAAGCCGCAGAACUGGUCAUUAAAUCUGCCGCUGGGUGUACAAACACCGCUAGUCAAACCACUGCGUAGCUGCUGGACAAACGACGACGACAAAAAAAAAAAAAAGUGAAAAAGUGUCUAUAUGUAAAUGUACAAGACUGCGAUUCCACUGAUGUCCGGGUACAAUCGUUGAAACAACACAAUCUUUGUUGCCGUUCAAGUAAUUCAUCCUCCAUUCGUAUCAGCCCUUUGCAGUCAAGUGAAACUGCUCACUGUCCAGGGAACACACGAUAUUGAACGGCGGAUACCAACGUCCAUAUUUGACUAAAUAUCUGCUUAUGACAUAUCAGCUGGAUUUUAUAUCUUUUUUUUUUUUUUCGGGGUGCGAGAAUAUUCACAUGUUGAAAUAAAGCAGUUUGGAUGUUAAA